UAGAGACAGAGAGUUUCACACAGAGAACAUUCAGCAUAAAGAAGACUGAACUCAACUCACAAUGAAGAUCCUCCUCAUCUUCUUCACUUUCUACCUGAUCUCAGGUGCAGUGAGAUGCUUUAGUGUCACUGGAUAUUCUGGAGGAAGUCUUCUUGUUGAUACACAGAAGUCUUGGUUCAGUGCAAAUGUUCAAUGCUUUAAUAAAUUACCUGAGUGGAGAAGUAUAAUGAAUGAUACGAAACAUGAUAAAUGGAUCAAUGAAGGAAAAUUCACACUGUUUCGAAAUAAUGAAGGAAACCUCAUGAUCUAUAUCAGAAAUUUGAAUGACCAUGAUGCUGGAGAAUUCUGGAUUGGUGUUCUUUACAAGUGGGGUGUAGAUAUGACUUUAAAUGUGGAAGAAGGUCAGUCACUUUAAGAUCAAAAUCUCGGUGUAGUAAAAUACUUGAUCAAUUUAAAGUCUGUAUAAAAGUAAAAUAUAUUUCUUUAUUAUAUAAGUUACAGAUUCAUGUUGUAAAGUGUCAAAGAGAGUGAUGGUGCAUAUUGGAGAAACUGCCACCUUCAGCUGUGAAUAUUCACAGAAUCAUAUUAAUGAUCCCAAGAUCAUAUUCAAAGAAGGAGAAGACUCUAUUGAGAUGAUUUACAGCACAUGGAAGAAGGAAGAAAGAUUCAGUGUUUCUGAUGACAAACAGAAAAAUCUCUUCAGUGUGAGAAUUACUGCAGUGAGACCAGAUGAUGGAGGAGUUUAUUUAUGUGGAGUUUGGAUCAGAGGACAAUCGUACAGUUACUACAUUAUUAAUACUGUUCAUUUACAUGUUAGUAUGGCUCCAGUAGUGAGACAUGAAGGAGAAUCUGCUGAGAUCAUCUGCCCUUAUGAUUCAAUCUAUAAAUCAAAGUCAAAGUCUCUCUGUAAGGGGAAGUGCUCCACUAGAGAUAGAAAUACUCUCAAUGAAGAGAAAGAGACCAAGACUGACAGAUUGACUCUGAAUGAUGACGGCACUGCAAGUGUCUUCACUGGGACCAUCACUGGACUGACAGCAGAGGAUGCUGGGAAAUACUGGUGUGCAGUGACAUUAGAGAGAGACGUGAAUUAUCUUUACACUCAUCUGAUCGUCAUAAUGAACGAGGAGCUGAACUUGACUAAGUAUGAAGGAGACGACAUGUCAAUCCAGUGCAAACAUCAUGAUGAACAUCAGAAACUCUUCUGCAAAGCACAUGAACCCUCCGUGUGUGUGAAGGAUGGAGUUUCAUUGGAGACGAUCAGAGAUGAUCGAUUCUCUUUCAGUGAUGAAGCUUCUACUGGAGUCUUUACUGUGAACAUCACUGAUCUGAGAGAAGAGGAUUCUGGGAUAUACUGGUGUGGAGCUCACAUCAUCACUAAAGUCAGUCUCAAUGUAAAACAGGAUUUCUCUUUAUUCAUCAUUAUUUCUAUAUGUUCGACUCUGCUGCUGAUUGGAGGAUUCACUGUGAUUGAGUGUUUAAUAAGAUGAGGUGAUGCUGUCCUUCAUAAACACACAAAUGAGAACUUAUCAGACAUUUUAUGUUUAUUAUCAAGCUACAGACUAACCCUAAAAACUGUUUUUGAAUAGUCUUUUUUUAAUGAGGACAUUUUAAAAGUGACUUUUCGUCAUCUCACUGUUGUUCAUUUCAGAUGUGUUGAGAUCUUAGGCAUGAGCUCAUCAUCAGACAAGACAAUGAAGUAGUGUCUCUGUAUCUUCAUGCACUGAUGUGAUUCUUGUGUGUUUUUGUCUGUAAGUUUAACUCUGCUCGUUAUGUUUUUCUCUUGCUUAAUCUCAGAUUGCACAUUCACACUCAGGGUGCUUUCACUCUGGUUGUUUAGUUAGAAAUGAGGCGCGGUUUGAAAGAAUAAUUUGGUUAUGUAAGACUUGUGGUCUGAGUUUGAUUGCACUGCAACUGUUGCAUGAUUCAUGUGAAUGUAAACUUGCACGCAUGCAUUUUAGCUGGUUUAGCUCCGGACCUACUCACACCGCUCAGGCAGGCCUCAAACCCGGGUCGCCAGCAUGGAGGAUGGGCACGCUAACAAGGAUGCUAACGAGUCUCUAGUAGCCCAGUCCACAGACUAACUCUACAAACAUCGGAAAUAGUGAGAGAUGGACCUUAUACCAAAGAGAAAAUCCAGUGAGAGUUUAAGUGGACCAAGCAAAACAUGAUUAUGUAUUUCUGCUCAGCUAGUGAUAUUGGGCAUCAACCACAUUGCAAAAGCUAAUAAUUUUUAUAUACUGUCUACUUUCUUUUAUAACAGUUCUAUAUAAUAACCUGUGAUAAUAUCAAUGCCUGCAUUGACACAAUUUUCUUUAAGAGCUGCUGUGCAGCCAGAAUUAUAUACCAGUUAUCAGUGUAAAGCUGCUUAGACACAAUAUGCAUUGUAAAAAGCGCUAUAUAAAUAAAGGUGACUUGACUUGACAAGCACAGUUUACGUCACUUCAGAGUUCCUGGGGAAUCCUCCUGGUGGUUAGUGCCUAUAACUAAGUUCCUAGAACAAUAUGGUGCAAAAGCGCCUAUUAUUAUUACAUGCAUAUGUUUAUUUAUUUAUUUUUUGUAAAGAAACCAAACCAAUGUUUGAGAUUUUUAAACUCAUUGUUUCUGCCUAAAACUAAUUAAUGUUAGAUAACUACAUGAUUUAUAUUAUUUUAAAAUGGACAUUACUUGGACACAGUCACGCUGAUAACAGAUCUGAAAAGUGACCCCCAAAGUCUGGUUUGUUUGCCUAGUGUGAUCGCUCUGUAACGAGCCUAGAAUUGAAUCUUAGUCUCUCUCAUCUGCAGAUAUCUGAACACUCAUUCCACUUCAUCAAUUGGUUUCUGUUUCUUUUCAGUCUCAUGUGUUUCCUGAACAGCUCUUUUUUUUUUUUUCUUCACAACCAAACUAAACUGUGUUCUUUUACUAGGUUAAAGAGAC